AAUCUUUUGUUUUGUCUUUUGCGAGUGGAACACACUGAAAACAGUUGUAAGAAUUCCCAUACCUAAACCUUACUUCUUCUAUAAAAAGCACAAGACAUUGGAAGAAGCAAAACAAAACAAAAAUGCAAAUUCAGACAAGGCAUGACUUGGUAGUGGUGGUGCUGGUAAUAAUGGUGGUUAUGAGCUCUUUCAUUGUGGAGGGUGGAGGGAGAGGGAUAGACACAAGGCUUCACCAUGUUCAGAAGGAAAAAACUGUCAUUCCAUCAGCAAGAGGAGUAGACAACCAUCAUAACAUUCCAAGACAGAACUUUGACAAUUGGGGUGGCAACGGGGGAGGCGGUGGUGGAGACGAUGGAACAGCUUAGAAUCAGCAAAAGGAGCUCCUAAAACGUGUAUGUGUGUAUAUAUGUAAAGACUGUGAUGUGAUGAAGUGAGUAAUGGCCUAUGUUUUGUGCUUUUUUUUUUGUGAUGUAUCCUAAGUAUAUGUAUAUAUAUAUAUGCUUUUCAUUAGACUUGUGGUAUGAGCAUGUGAUGAAUGAAUGACAAUAACACUCAUAAGAAGUGAGUUUAUAAACAGAAGAAAGUAUUGAUUAAGAGUA